UUUUAUCCCAACCAGUAUUCGAUAUUCCCGCAUGUCAAAAUGCAACCUGUCGAAUUUUUGAAAGAAUGUACUGAUGAAAAGUCAGAUUCAGAGUGCCGUAUCAAGUUCGAACAUGGUACAACUACACUAGCUUUCAAAUUUCAAGGUGGUAUCAUUGUUGCCACUGAUUCGCGUGCUUCAUCCGGAAGUUAUAUCGCAUCACAAACCGUAAAGAAAGUCAUCGAAAUCAAUCCAUAUCUUUUAGGAACUAUGGCCGGUGGUGCUGCAGAUUGUCAAUUCUGGGAGAGGGAGCUCG